AAGUCACACUAGGCGGCGCAAGCCAGAGUCCAAUUUGAAGGGUUUAGCCUUAUCUAUUUAUCUACUCAGUGUGCAUACUAACAGCGUAACUCCAGAACCAUAGUGACCAUAGUAUAUAUUAUUCCGAACUCCGAAGAUGUCUGAGAGUGAGGAGGACCGGGACUAUGUGGCGCCAAAGCGGGAGGUCCAGACGCCCUCGGACAUGGUGCGCUGGACCAAGACGGAGGCCUACCACGAGUAUGUGGGCUUCGUGCUGGCCAUGAACGAGCGCAUCAAGGGCAAGAAGCUGACGGACGACUUCCCAGUCUCGGAGGUGACCUCUGGCCUGCUGAGGCUACUGGAGACCCUGGACGCAUGGGUGGAGGAGACACCGCCCGUGAGCCAGCCCCAGCGCUUCGGCAAUUCUGCCUUCCGCACCUGGCUGCAGAAGGUGCACAAGGAGGCCGAGGAGCUGCUGAGGGAGGCGCUGCCUGAAGACUGUCGCCCCGCCGUGGUGGAGCUCUUUCCUUACCUCCAGGAAAGCUUCGGGAACAUGACCCGCAUCGAUUACGGCACAGGGCACGAGAUGAGCUUUGCUAUGUUCCUGUGCUGCCUGUUCAAGAUCGGUGCCUGGAAGGAGGAGGACUCUGCUGCCGCUGUCCUUGGGGUCUUUGAGAGGUACCUGCGCCUAGUGCGACGCCUGCAGCUGGAGUAUCGGAUGGAGCCGGCGGGCAGCCACGGGGUCUGGAGCCUGGACGACUACCAGUUCCUGCCCUUCAUCUGGGGGAGCGCCCAGCUCGUGGACCACCCGACCAUCGAGCCCAAGUCAUUCACGGCCGAGGGCUACGCAGAGGCCCUGUCUAGGGACUACAUGUUCAUGGGCUGCAUAGAGUUCAUCAGCAAGGUGAAAAGCGGGCCCUUCCACGAGCACUCCAACCAGCUGUGGAACAUCAGCGGGGUCCAGUCCUGGGCUAAAGUCAAUGCAGGCCUCAUCAAGAUGUACAAGGCAGAGGUGCUGGGCAAGUUCCCCGUGGUGCAGCACGUGGUGUUUGGCAGCCUGCUACCGUUCCGAGAACAGAAGCCCGGGCCCAGGUAGACCACUCCAAGUCCUGUGGCCUUCUCGGCCGGACGGUGCAGUUCGGUCGACCGGACGAGCAAGGGGCAAACGUCAGGCGCCUGUGCGUGCCGGAGAAGAAAGCCGCCUCCUCGAUGCACCACCACCAUGCGAAACCAGAAGGAAUGGCGCUGCAAAACCACUCGUGAGGCUGGGUGGCUCGCCGGAAGAGGUCCUCUCGAGAAAGGAAUGGCCGCCCGUGCACCUCACCCGUGCACUGGACAAGUCCGUUUAUUCCAGGUGUGCGACCAGACGUUCUCUUGACACCGUUGUGAUCCCGUGUAGCUCCCGGCCUUUUGUUUUUCUUUCGGGGAUGAGCUCCAAGUGAAGAAAAGAUAGUUUGCCUAAAGGCUUUCACUAAUGAGGGGGACUUGAGAGGCCACAGGAUGUGUCUGGGUUCUUCCGUGUAAACGGGUGCACUUUGGGAAGCUUAACUUAUGCGCAAAGUUAAGAGGCACGAUUGCGAUUGGUUGGCUGAAUGUUGUGCGAGGAAACUUGCUCUAUGCACAGUGCGAAUUAUGGAAUUUCACGGCGUUAACAAGGCGUUCUUGACGGAGCAGCUGCGUAGCACGUUCAGUGUUGGCCACAGAUUUAAUGGCACUAAUUAUGCCCAAAGUGUCGUUGCCACGUUAUUGUUUGGCACCAUCGAGUUGUGCAAGAAAGCGUGUCAAAUAAUUAUAAAAAAUGUCCACACUAAUUCCAAUAAAGUAGUCUAUAUGAA